AUGAAACAACUCUUAUAUCUCACUACAUUAUUCGUCAUUUCCCACCAAAUAGAUCUGAAGUUCGAACUCGAGCUUUCUUGUAAAUGGCAGGAUGAUUAUUGGGCAACUGUCGAUUUUUACCAGAAAACUGCGUUUUAGUAGGUUUUUGUAUAGAGAUAAGAAUAAACUACAAUGGAGUUUUAGUAAACGAGAUUAUGCGUUGUAUCAAGGUGCAAAUGGGAAAAAUGUAUCUUUGAAAUCAAACAAAAUUGAGGAGAAUUAUGGAUAUUUGGAAAUUUAUGCAAUGGUUUCUCAUAAUUGUUAUACACACUGGCCAAAAAAACCUGUAAGUUGGGAUUUUUCCAACUCACCGUGGGGACCUCAUCUACGGUCAUAGGCAAACAUUUAGAUGAGCACAUUGCUAAAUCCUAACUUCAAACUAUAUUUCAUCCCCCUUUUUAUCUCGAAAAAUAAUUGUUACCCUUGAAGCUAACUGUUUAUAAUUGGAUGUACAACAACCCACAACAAAAAAUGGCAUAUUUUUAUUUUCCAAAAAUCGACGCAAGUUUGGAUGAUUUUACACUUCGCUUCAAAACCAAUUUGGAUGAUUAUGGAACAUUUUAA